GGUUCUGCGCCCGCUGGCUGCCAGCGGGGACGGUGGCAGCAGGGACAGACCCCGAGGUGUUGCCGGAGGUGGCCGUGGGACUCUGCUUCGCUGGGCUGGUGUCCAUGAUUGACCCACCCAGGGCCACCGUCCCCCAGGCCGUGCUCAAGUGUCGCACGGCUGGUAUCAGGGUGAUCAUGGUGACCGGAGACCACCCCAUCACGGCCAAAGCCAUCGCAGCUGCUGUUGGCAUCAUCUCAGAGGGCAGCGAGACCCCCGAGGAGGUGGCAGCUCGUCUUCGUGUGCCCCUCGAGCGGGUGGACCCCAGGCAGGCGCGGGCGCGGGUGGUGACAGGGGCAGAGCUGGCGGCCAUGACACCAGGGACACUGGAAGGUCUUCUACGGGCCCACCCUGAGAUGGUCUUCGCCCGGACGUCACCACAGCAGAAACUUGUCAUCGUGGAGAGCUGCCAACGGCUGGGUGCCAUCGUGGCGGUGACAGGUGACGGGGUGAAUGACUCCCCGGCGCUGAAGAAGGCCGACAUCGGGGUGGCCAUGGGCAUCGCCGGCUCCGACGCCGCCAAGAACGCAGCCGACAUGAUCCUGCUGGAUGACAACUUCGCCUCCAUCGUCACCGGCGUGGAACAAGGUCGUUUGAUCUUUGAUAACCUGAAGAAGUCCAUCGCCUACACCUUGACCAAGAACAUCCCUGAGUUGACACCCUACUUGAUCUACAUCACGGCCAGCGUCCCUCUGCCCCUGGGCUGCAUCACCAUCCUCUUCAUCGAGCUCUGCACUGACAUCUUCCCCUCGGUCUCCUUGGCCUAUGAGAGGGCAGAGAGUGACAUCAUGCAUCUGAAACCUCGGAACCCUCGACGGGACCGGUUGGUCAACGAACCCUUGGCGGCUUAUUCCUACUUCCAGAUCGGUGCCAUCCAAUCCUUCGCCGGCUUCACCGACUACUUUGUGGCGAUGGCACAAGAAGGUUGGUGGCCUCUUCUCUGCUUGGGCCUACGCCCACAAUGGGAGGACACCCAUCAGCAGGAGCUCCAGGACAGCUACGGCCAACAAUGGACCUUCGAGCAGCGGCGCUACCAGCAGUACACCUGCUACACCGUCUUCUUCAUCAGCAUCGAGAUGUGUCAGAUCGCCGACGUCCUCAUCCGCAAGACCCGCCGCCUCUCCCUGCUGCAGCAGGGCCUCUUCCGGUGCCUAUGGGGGCUAUAG